AUGAUGAUCAUGAUUAGUGCUUGCGCGCUAGAUACGCCCACCCUGCAUUUCUUGGGCUUGGUAUUUGGCCGAAACCCUGAAGCUAUCAUGCAAUCGUCAUUUGCUAGCAGCUGGAAUCCCGUUUCCGCUCGGGGUACCAUUCGAGCUUCGGUCCUUACCUUGUUUCCGAGAUUCAUUCAUGAGCUGCAGAAUUUCAUCACCAUGCUCAGACUCUCGAAACAUCUUUAG